AUGUCGGAGCGGCAGGCAGCCGGGGGGCCGGCGGGCCGCGCCGGGGAGAGCCCGGGAGUGGAGGGGAGCCAGGCGGCCGCCUCAGAGAAUGAAGAUCUAGAAAACACCAAGGUGACCUCUCUAGUGGCUUCUGCCUCUGAUCCAGAGUCCCAUUCCUCACCCUACAGGCCACAGACGGUAUCUCGAGCGAGUGAGGAUGCCACCGAAGAUCUGCGAAAGACAGCUGGUGCCUUGGAGGCGCAGGCCUUGGUGGAGCAGGAAUCGCUGCCUGCAGACCAGACCCAGGUCCUCAACAAGAUGGCCAAGUACCAAGUUCCACAAAGGUCCGGGGACAUCGUUAUGAUCCAGUCUGAGCACACAGGAGCUAUAGAUAUCCUUUCAGCUGAUUUGGAAUCUGCAGAUCUCCUGGGGGAUCACAGGAAAGUGUCCCCACCUCUGAUGGCUCCUCCGUGCAUCUGGACCUUUACCAAGAUGAAGGAAUUCAAAAGCAAGCUGGGCAAAGAGAAGAACAGCCGUCUGGUGGUGAAGCGGGGUGAGGUGGUGACCAUCCGGGUACCUACCCAUCCAGAGGGGAAGCGUGUUUGCUGGGAGUUUGCGACUGAUGACUAUGACAUUGGCUUUGGAGUUUAUUUUGACUGGACCCCUGUAACCAGCACUGACAUAACUGUGCAGGUCAGUGAUUCCAGUGAGGAUGAGGAUGAAGAUGAAGAAGAGGAGGAAGAGAUUGAAGACCCUGUCCCAGUUGGAGACGUAGAGAGAGGCUCCAGGAGCUCCCUUCGAGGUCGCUAUGGGGAAGUCAUGCCGGUGUACCGGCGAGACAGCCACCGGGACGUGCAGGCUGGCAGCCACGACUACCCUGGCGAGGGCAUCUACCUGCUCAAGUUUGACAACUCCUACUCCCUGCUCCGCAACAAGACUCUCUACUUCCACAUCUACUACACUAGCUGAAGGCCCGCCGGGACAGGAGGCAGGCGGGUAUUUGCUGGCUGGAGCAGGCUGCCAGCUGGUGCCUCUCGUUUUGGAUAGGCAAGAGCUAAAAGUUGAGCGUGAGGCUUCUGACCCUCACAUCCUGCCUGGCAUGCCUGACUGUUGACCCCAUGUAGCUUUUCCCCCUUCUCGGCUUCUGCAGGUGGUGGUGUAGUGCUCCUGUUCUGUGGUCCUUGACUCACGCUCCUCUUGCUUCAGACUCCGGCCACGUCCCUCCGUGAAGGAGCCCAUUGGGCAAAAGCCUAAAGGGUAGUUGGGUGUUGUCUUUUAAAAAUAGGCUUGUUUUGGUACGAGGUAUUAUUCCAGUUGCUGCUCUCUCCUCUCCCACAUCCUAUAUUGCAGAUGUGUUUAGUGGCACCCAGUCUUCAUCUUUUGAAAGUGCUGGAAGAGGAAAAACACAUUGUCCAUGAAGGAACCCAGUGUUUUGGAUGGAGAAAGCUCUGUCCAGCCUCUCACCACUGCCAUAUUCCCGCCUGCUGGUUCUUCUUGGUCUAUAGCACAGGCCGGGAGCCCUCACUGCCUUUGGAGGGGUGUUAGUAGUCCAGAUUGUUCGACUCUGCCUCGUGCCCUCCUCUUGCCUUUCCCACGCCUGUGUCCUUGCCCUCACAGCAAGAAUAUCCAUGCAGUCUAAGUGACGAUCACGUAGUCUAAGAUCCAGAGGGGAGAAACUGCCUCCAUCACUUCCUGCUUCAAGAGGUAGUGUCCCUUAGCAAGGGUGCUGGCAAUUGAAGGGGAAAGGGUGGAAAUUAGGUACUAGAUUGAUCUCAGAAUCCACAUCUUUGCAAGUCAAAUGUUACUGAAUUAUUAUUUUUUGUAUAAUCAAAGAAGGGGUAUAAUCUGAGAGACAAGGUUAAAAAACAAAAACCACUCCAGAUUCCCCACCACUCUUUUUUAUCUCGAGGGUAGGAAUGUUAUUUAGUAAUUUUUCUUCAGAAACAAUCUGACUUCAAGUUUCUGGAUUUAGGUUUCUUGCAUUGAGGGCUUAAAGCUUUUGGUGUUCGAAGUCUCUUAGAAAAGGUGGUAAUGAAACUUCACUGUUGCUGCUGAUGGGAUUUGUCUUUACCAGCCAAAGCUUGCAUUUUCCGGGUCACAGCCUUCCCACUGUAUUAGUCCUGAGGCCCAGGAGUGCCACGGGAGGAUAGGGGAGCUUCAGUCAGCAGCCAAAGCAGUGGGGUGGCUGGGCCUCGGGCAGAGAGGGGACCACUGUGGUUAUCUGUACCUCCUUGUUUCUUAUUCCUUGUGUUGAGUCUGUUACUGCCUUAGAAUUUUGAGGAAUGAUUCAAUUUAUUUAUUACUUUAUUUAUUUUUUGGCACAUUUCAUUUUUGCCUCUGAGAUACUUUCCAUCUGUUUCUUAGAAGGCUUCUGUCUGCUCUGAGCCAUUUAGGCCUCCUCUUCUGUGGAGUGAGAUGAUGAUUUUAGGAGAAGCUGCGAAGUGAUAAUUCCCUUCCUGCAGGUCAGUCCUAGGAUACUUUGGGAGGACUCUGCCCUUCUGGGGUGGACGAUGCCACCCUUCCCCAGGAUUCCCUGUGAGGAAUUCCAGGCCGUGAGGGGCCCUGCCCAUUCACCCAGGAUUAAGUGCAGGGGAGUUGACUUGCCAAUCAGGGAUAUCCUAUGAUUCUGGGAUUUCGAAGUCCUUUGCCUGCUCUGAGGAGUACUCUUCCUCAUGAUGUUUCCUUUGGCUCAUCCCUUUCUUGUGCAGGUGUCUGACACCAAACCUGUCCUCCCUACAGGAGCAGGAACUCGAUCAGGGCUCCUUACGGUAUCACCUGUGUCACCAACAAAGGGCCGUACAGCCUGUACCUUCUCUUCCCCUGGGAGCGAAGCCCCAAGGAGGGUAGGAUGUUGUGGACCGAACAGCAUCACACCACCAUUGUUUUAUAUUUCAGUGCGUUUUGUAGAGGAUUACACUGGCCAGCGUUUAUCUACCUUGUAAGAAAUUAGAAAUGAUUUUAGGGACUAUCUGUUUGGGCAGCAAAAAGCGAACUCGCUGCACAUCAUCUAAUCCUGAGAUAAACGGAGCGAGCACUCUUUCAGCAUGAAGUUGAAUCCUGCCUUAGCUAAUUGAGUCUAAUCUUUAUAAAAUAAUUUUCUACCGAGCUGUUCCCCAGUCAGCUAAAGCCUUGCUUAUUUUUCCUGUUUAUUAUUAACUUCUGGCUUUCUCUUAAAAUGGAGCUGUCAGGCCCUAGCAAGCUCCCUGGGACAACAAACACUCUUUAUUUUUGCCAUGAGCGUCUCUGUACUUACUUUCUUUGGCAUCCUGGUUCUGGUGCAUCAGGGAAGCCUGAGGGACCUGUUCCUGUCACCUCCAUGUGCCUCUUUUUGUCUGGUCACUUUUGAAAUCCUGGACAUUGUUACAUUUCACCCUGCACUGGCGUUUCUUUGCUCCAUUAGCACAAAAUGGCUAAAAAGAUAUUUUCGCUAACCAUUUACUCUUCUCCUAUUAAAUUUCUGCAAUCAUUGAACUGUAGGGACCAAAUAUUAUUUGUGGAAGCACAUGUAAUUACUGAGAACUUCAUAGCCCAGCGAAUCCUCAGAGAUCAUCCUUUCCUUAAUCUCUCCCUGUCCAAAUUCUUAAAAGCAAACAAUGAAAUCAAAGUCCUCUGCUUCCCCUGUCACCCUAUUCUCUAGAGCACAAAUAAAUACUAACAAACAAUUCUGAGAAUGCUUUGUAGUGGGAGAGAGAUAGAAAUUCUCUACACACAGUAGCUGACUUCUUAAAUUUCUUCAGUCUGUUUAGCUUGGCCACUCUGUCGAGAGAUGGGGCUUUUAGAAAGGAGGACAUGUUUAAAGUGUUAAUUUUUUCUAACACUUUUUGAUAAAGAAUUUUCAGUAAGCAGAGAACUUAAAAGUAGAGUAAGUGUAACUGUGACGCUGCUCUGGAAAGACUUUAUUCUAAUCUGUUGCUUUAUGACAGGUCCUCAGGACUCCAGAGUUACAACUCAAUCCUCAGACAAUGUAUAGCUUUAUAGUGGGAGUAGGUAACAACCUGAAAUAAGGCCAUUCACGUAUUUUUAAAAUAUUUUUUUAUCUGUUAUUUAGGAAGGGAAACCUCAGACUUUUUAAAAGUACAUAUUGCCCCCUACUACGUGUAUAUGAAAGAGUUAAAUCUGAGAGUUCUCUGUCUUAUGUUAAUCAGUAGGACUCAACAUUAUUGCAAAACUUGCCAGUUAUAGAAAAUAUCUGAGUUUUGAUGUUUUUGAUGAGCCCUAUCCAGUUCCUCUUUGGAACAAUUAGGCAAAAACCCAAAUCCUAAAGUCUGUAUCUUUAUAUUUAUUUUUUAAGACCACUUUUCUGCAAAAUGUUGCCUUUUAACCCCAAAGUAUAUGAUUCUAAGGCAUGGAGUUGAGUGACCCUAACAUUUACAUAAAAGAUGAUUGUUUUAGUGGAGGGAGGGGGAGAGGCGUGAAUGAGUUUUGUGCAGCUUGGGGACUAUCUUUUAAAACUGAUAGUAAGGAAGAAAAAGGGAGUAAAAUGAGGGGAAGAGAGAUAAGCUAUCAAAUGCAUCCCAGAGUUUUGCUCAUAUCCCAAUUUUAUUUAGUUCUUUAGUCUGUAUUUCAUUAGUUGGAACUGUUGUUGAAGUCAGAAGCCUUGCUGGUCCUCAUUAUGGUUGUUGGAGAAACCUCCAAACCCCUUUAGCUGUCUUUCCCAACAGGAUAGACUCUUUCUGAGUAGGUCUUCUCUACCAAGUGUAAUCCCCUGACCCGAGGCUGGAUUUCAUCUCCGUGUUCUCUGGGCCGUGGAGAAGGAUGGUGAAACUAGAAAGAGGCUGGGAGGAGGUGCAGCUGUGUCUUGGCAGCCCCCGUUGGUUUUGACUUGGCCAAGAAAGGGAUGAAAUCAGUUAAUUUUGACCAACAUCACAGAAGGGCCUCAGGCCACAGGCAUAUGUUUGCGAACCAGCUAUGCCCCUGCAGGCUGACCUCCCUGUGAGGUGUAGGAAUCACCAUCUUCUUUAACCUAUGUGGAAUGGUCACACACAUAGCAGUAAGUGGGACAGUUCUCUCUUUAAAGAGCUUCCAUUUGGAAUUUCUCCUGGGUCUAAAAGGUCCACAUCAGCGUCUUUAACUAGUCUCUUUCCACGUAGCCAAAAGGGUAGAA